CGUUGAUAAACAAAUUCAAACCUCGAUUUUAGCUGGAAAUUGAGAUUUUGCGAUAACUUCUGUAACCUCACAGUUCUGGUAUCGUCACUAAAACAUUCGAAAGCACGAGAACUGGAAGACGACGGGGAGUCAACACCAACAAAGUGGAAACAUGGCAGACUACUCCAGACUCUCGAUCGUCGGGAUUUUCACACUUUUCGCCGUUCUCACGGUGAAGGAUCUCUUCAUUUCGCCGACUCAGUCUUCGUCAAGCACUCCCAAAGAAAUUCCAGUCACCAGAGUCGGUGUCGACAAAUUUAUCGGACCGACUUUGAAAGUCCUCUACUGCUAUUCGUGCGGAUACAGAAAAGCUUUCGACCAAUAUGCAAAUCUGCUUCAGGAAAAGUAUCCAGAGAUCAUCGUCACUGGUGACAACUAUCAGCCGUCAGCUGUCAGAACCUUCCUAGCUCAAGCCGUGGGUUUACUGAAGAUGGCUGCAGUCAUGUGUAUUGUCCUUGGAGUCAAUCCUUUCACGAGUCUUGGAUAUCAAAACACACCAUCCUGGUGGCAGUGGUGCUUCAACAACAAGAUCUAUGCUUGCAUGAUGAUCUUUUUCAUGGGUAACGCCCUGGAGGGACAACUCGUUUCGACUGGCGCAUUUGAAAUGUUUUUCAAUGACGUUCCUGUUUGGUCGAAACUGGAAACUGGCCGAAUUCCGCAGCCACCUGAACUGUUUCAAAUCUUGGAGAACCAACUGCAAUUUCAGCCACAAGGUGCAUCUGCCUUCCACACGCCAACCUAUUCCUCGUAAUUUUAAAAGAAUGGGACUGCCUUGUUUUAGUUUUGGUUGCCAUAUAAUUCAUUUGAACAGUAUUUUGCAAAUUUCAAGUUAUCAAUUACACACCAGGGCAUUUUAAGUUUUUUCCAGCUGUCCGAUUAAUAUUUGUGCAAAAAAUUGAUGUAAUGUAAAGCUGUAGGGGCUGUGUUAGCUUGUUCACAUUUUUUUUUAUUAUUUGUGGAUCUAAGAUAGAUUACGCAGUUUUAAUGUUGAUUCGCCAGAGGAGUUUUGAUUGCAAAAUCGAAAGAAAACAAUGAAUAAUUUCCAUUUUAAUUAUAAUACAAUUCCACGAACGAUAAUAUUUGUAAUUAGAUUACAUAAUUGUAAUUCCCAGUCAGUGAAAUUGAAUUGAAAUGAAUAAAAUGUGUUCUUAAGACGGA